AUGGCUGCUGAGAGUGCUCCCUCAGAAAUCAUAGAAAGACAAAGAAAAAAGUUGCUUAAUAUCCCACAAGAUCCAGAUUCAAUCUUGGACACGUUAGCCUCUCGACAGCUGAUUUCUGAGGAAGAGUACGAGACUCUAGAUAAAGUUACAGACCCCUUGAAGAAAAGUCGAAAGCUGUUAAUUUUGGUACAGAAAAAGGGAGAGGUGAGCUGUCAGUAUUUUCUCAAGUGUUUACUUAGUACUUUUCCAGAGUCAGCUACCACGUGCUUGUUCUUUUCAGAACUUUUAAAAACCAAGGAUAGAGCAGCUCUUCAAUCCAUAAGUAAGAAUUUGGAAACUACUUUUUCCUCUAGAAAGGAAAAAAACAAGAAUCCUGAGAUCAAAGUGCUUCCAAAGGAAAAAGAACACUUGGAUCUGAAAACCUCUGCAUUCUCCAGGGACAAAACUAGUUACCAGGAAACCGCUUUGUCCUCAGGGGAGUUAGAGAAGGAAUUUGACACUCCAAAAAUCAUGUGCCAUGUUCCGUCAAAAGAGUUGAAUAUAAUUCCAGCAACAAUUACAUAUUUAAAGGAUGGACAGAGAUAUGAGGAGCCCGAUGAUUCUUUAUACGUAGCAGAAGGGGAACAUCCAGGUUCUGCUGGAUACACUGAAGAUGCAGAAACUACUGUGUAAGAAGGAGAUUUUGAUGUUCCAGAGCAUAUUGCUCAUGGUGGUAAAGAGGACUCGAGUGGUUCAGCCAUGGGAUUCUCUGAUGAAAACAUUUCUGAGGAGUCAGAAACCAGCAUGACAUUGGAGGAGGGGGAUAAAUAUCUGGAAGAAAGAAAGGUAUUUAAAGAUGUACUUUCCUGUUUGAACAUGGAUAGAAAUAGAAAACUUCUGCCAGAUUUUGUUAAACAGUUCUCCUUGGAUCAUGGAUGUAGGUGGACACCUGAGACUCCAGCAGAUUUAGCCUGGAAUUUCCUGAUGAAAGUUCAAGCACUGGAUGUGACAGCCAGAGAUUCAAUCCUCAGGCGUAGGGUUCUGGAUGAAGACAGCAAAGAGGAAUUGCUGACUGCACUGGAAAAGUUGGAAAUCGAAGACAUACAAACCAUUAAUCCCCUUGAUGUGCUUUGUGCCUCCAUGCUGUGUUCAGACAUCUCCUUGCAACGAGAAGUCAUGUCAAACAUGUAUCAAUGCCAGUUUGCUCUUCCCCUGCUGCUGCCAGACUCAGAAAACAACAAAAGUAUCUUAAUGCUGGGGGCCAUGAAGGGCAUUGUGAAGAAGCAGUCAAGGCAGUCCUUAGGAGGCCCCAUGGGGGAUUCAGAAAAGUUAUUGAGUCUCAUGAAGAUGCCUAUCAUCUCUUUUGUACGUCUAGGACACUGUAGUUUCAAGUCCAGAAUCCUCAAUGCACUGCUCAGCCGACCACUGAAAACACACAAAAUCUUUCUUCAUCACGAUUUGUCUGUUCCAGUGCUUCGGCAAAUAUCUGAUGGCCUAGUUGAGAUAACAUGGUGUUUUCCUGAUAGUGAUGAUCACAAAGGAAAGCCCUGGAUUUUCCAAAAGGCUGUUGCUGUGACCAACCUUCGUGGAGACCUAGACAGCUUCUGGACACAGUUUGGGCUUUUGGUGGAAGUGUCCUCGGCUAUCUUUUUUUUCGCUGACUGCCUAGGUAAGAAGGAAUGGGACUUGCUAUUGUUAGGAGACGCUGUCAUUCAAAGAUGCUACUUUGUACUCAGUCCCCAAGCCAUGAGUGAAGAGGCUCAGAUCUUCCAGAGGACCUUGAAACUGAAACCAUCACAGCUACUGUUUUGGGAAGAAGCUGGGGACAAAAGGAAGAACAUGGAGGGCAUUCAAGCUGCCCUCCAGGAAGUGAUGUCCUCUUCACUCAGAUGGUCUGUGGAGGAUAUGGCCUCCCUAGCCAGACUGGGUAUUCAGGUAGACCAAGACUUUGAGAAUGCUCAAGGGAUUCAAGUUUUCCCUAAUGUAAAUAUGACUGGAACAGCUGAAGGUGAGGGGCAGCGAAGAUAUAGUCAACCAAAAAACUCAUUUGAAAGCCAAGCUCUGAGGCCUAUGAGAGAACCAGGGGUUGCAGGUGAAGUCAACCAAAAUUUUCAGAAUUUUAUCCACUCUCCAGUAUUUGUGUCUCACCUAGAAAAUGCCUGGCCUCACCCAAACCAAAUUGGAGGUGACUUUGACCGUGUUUCCUUGGAAUCUCCCUGGGUUAUGGGCUCCCACUCAGGGUCAGAGCAGAGAUCUAAAUGGUUCUGUGCUUCAUCCUUUUGGAAUUCAAGAUCUCAUAAAAAAGGUCAAGGUUUGGGUAUCCAAUACUCCCAACUCCAGAGAUUUUAUUCAGGUGGAAAAUUCAUAAAAUUUCAAGCACUUCUUGGAAGCACCUUGAAUCGAACACUUGGAAGACCACCAAGACCCAGUUCUCAGAGUGUGUGGGCUUGUCCUGAGAGACCACAAAAUGGAGUUCUUGAGAAGUUUGGAGCAGUAGUCUCUGUGGUAGGUUGCCUACAUUCUCUAGGUUCACAGCUGGCAGGACCAGCAGAACCACAGCCCAGGCAAGCCCAGGCCCCAGGAAGAAAACUUACUGAAGUAACUGGAAAAUUUAUGAGAACAGCCUCCCCUAUAAAAGAUCCUCACCCUCAGUACUGGCCAACAGGAAACACACAAAAACUAGUAAGACCUGCUUCUCAGCAAGGAAAACAAAUGAUGGCUCAGGGUGGGUCUUGAUUCAGUUUUCAAACAGGAUCUCAUUCCACAUCUAAGAGCAAACUUUUACCCAGCUCUCAGUUCAUAUCCCAUCAGCCUAAGCCAUCCCAGGUCAAGCACUUCCAGCCCAAAUCCUCCCAACCUGGGUCUUCUCAAGCAAGACCUUUUCAGACCAAAGCCCCUCGGCCACAGACCUCCCACGCUAAGCCUUCUCAGCCCAGACCCAUUCAAACUAAAUCAUCCCAGACCCAUCCCUCACAGACCAGAGCAAUAUCAACAAAGAGCAGGGCCCCAAAGGGUAGGGAAGCGUUAAAGAGUAUAACCAGAGACAAGAUGUACCCUUUAUCUAGGCCCUUCCUGUCAUAUAGUACAGUAACCGAAAAGAAUUCAGUGAACGUUUAAGACUACUGUCAUUAGCAUGACAUAAUCAAGAUAGGGCAAAGCCUAAUUGGUUUUCAUUAAAGUAUCCGUAAGAGGACUGGGAUUGUAGCUCAGUGGUAGAACACUUGCCUGGCAUUUGUGAAGCCCUGGGUUCGAUCCUCAGCAGUGCAUAUAAAGAAAUAAAAAUAAUAAAUAAAGAAUCCA